GCAGGAUUGGCAGAUCAGCUGGAUCAGCUGUAGUUAAUGUGGUUCGGGGGUCCUCUGUCCACAGCCGACUGUCUGGUCGAUGGUCGAGAGGAUUUCGGCCGAGUUAUUCGGUGGAAGAGGAUUUCGCGGGACUCGGGCCAUCUCGCUUCUCGGAGGGAAGGUCCAUUCGACGGCUGGAUGACCCGGGAAUGCUACUUGCCAGUGAAAAGGGCUUAAACUUACGACGCUUAUACCCGAUCUUUCGUCUUGGCUUGUAUUCACGGACCUUCUGACUCGUAGAAUGCAGUAUCAGUGCUUUGCCGAAGGCGGGGACUCUGCAGAAAGCGGGUCGGCCGACAUCAAGGUGAAGAUCGAGGCCUGCAACCCGGCCUUCCUUGACCUCAGGCAGAUGUUCCCUGUCAAGGAGGAAAUCCAACAGACCGUCUUUUCCAGUUCCGAUCAGUUGGCCGGCCUCGUCAACAGAUCUUUGCAGCAAGAGUCAAAGAGAAAUGUUGAAUUAAUUUUGGAACAGAUAUCAAAAUUAUCACCUUUAGAAAAGCUACUUCUAUACCUGAAGCUCCCAACUGGGAAGGAAUAUCCCGAUCCUCUUAAACAGCCAUCAAAUCCAUUAGGAAGUAGGCCAGAGAUUAGCCAAACGAUAGCUUGGAUUAAAACCCACCUAAAAGAAGACAAGCACACAUCACUUCCUAAACAGGAUGUUUAUAAUGAAUACUUGGAAUUCUGUAAUGCUAGCAAAGUCAAACAUUUAUCCACUGCUGACUUUGGAAAAGUGAUGAAACAGGUUUACCCAAGUGUUAGGCCUAGAAGGCUUGGAACCCGUGGCAAUUCAAGAUACUGUUAUUCAGGAAUGACAAACAGACUAUCACUGCCAUCACCCCAGCUCCCAAAAAUAACAGGGAAGUUCUCACCUGAAUUAGCACAGAGUAUUUGCAAGGAAACGUUGACUUCUAGCGCUUCUUCGGAAGGGUCAAACGAUUUAAAUUGCCCAGUUUCUAGUGAGCUCACAUUCAUGAUGAGUUCAAAAAUUUGUCGACCAAAUGAAGAUAAAUGUUUGCAGACUGAUAGAAGGAAGCAGGAUGAUGAGUUAGUGAAUCGCUCAACAAAAACACCUCCUGAAAGAUGUAAAGGUAGGAAAGGAUCCACAAUUCCUUUGUCGGUAGGAAAGAAAGGAGCGGGUGGGAAGAAACCGAGAUUGGAAGAAAAUAAUGAAUCAGGACCAUCAGGUGUCAAACUUCCGAUUCCGAGACUCCCUAAAAUCCCAAAGGUUGUGGACAAUGCAUCUUCACAGUCAGUAAAGAAGCAGAAACCUUUGCAGCCAAAGCCGGCAAAUGGGAGGGAAACGGAAUUUUUGGAAAGCGGUAAUUCACUGGAGCAAGAAGAAGAACUUAUGAAUUACUUUAGAAAGUCUUCAGAGGAAGAACCAAAAGUGUCUCAACUGAGGAUGUUGCUGGAAAGGAAUAAAGAAGACAAAUGUGCCAGAAGAAGGGUCUCUUUUGAGACUGUACCUGAAAGCCCAAAUUCACAGAAAAAGUUUAGCUUCGUACCUAUCUCACCGAUAUCUAGUUCUCCCUUUGCCCCUCCAACAUCUAAAACUUUCUCCUCUCCACAUAAAAUGGUGCAGAGGUCUAAUUCAGUAAGUUCGCCUUUGUAUAAAGGUUCUAGAAAAGAAGCGGCUCAACUACUCCCACCACCAGUGCCGCAACAACAAAUUCAACCUGUUUAUUCGAACAUGAACCAGUUCAACGAAACUGUAAGAUCACAGAGUGUUCCAACGUUAGCUGAUCUACCGCACAUCACACCUGUGCCCAGUGAUGUCACCGACUUUACCGAUUUAGACACAGAUUCUUCUAAUCUGUUAGGCAUCGACGAGUCGUCAAGUUCGCUCCUUGUUGAUCAAGUUGGUACAGAUAAUUUAAAUUCUAUUUUAAACAUAAUCAAUAAUAUCGAUCCCAAAUUAUCAAGAUCAUAUCCUAACACACCAACUUGUUCAAAAACCUCCGAUCCGAUUAUAAGCGGGUUUAUGACUAAUUCAAAAUCAUAUCCUUGUACACCGGUACAAACUAUUUCAAACAUAGAAUCAAAUUUUGACAUGAAUCAUAUUCCAGUGACACAACCCCCUCCUUUAUUUGAAGGCACAAUUAACCUUUUUGAUGAUGGUCUCAAUCUUGACUGUGAAGACACUUUUAACGACUUGGCUAGGGAAGUCACUCAACAACUAAAUUCUGAUGUACUCUAGAAUUGAUUAAACCCUUCAAGCCGUUUUAAAAACUAUGCAAUUAUUAAUUUCUCCUUAUGAAUGACAAAAUAAGCAUAUAAUUAUAACUAUGUUUCUUUUUUUUAAUGAUAUUAUCUAUAAGUUAUUUUAUAAUGUUAAUUUGUAAAACUAUAUGUGAUAUUUUUAGAUACUUGUUAGCCUGUUAUCACAAUGUGAUAUUUGAGUUAUAUAUAACAUUUUGAACAUUGAUAUUUUCACUUGUAGUGUGUCGAGUGGUUUAAUUUCUCUGUUUAAAUGUUCUGUGUAUUCUUUUGGUAGUCUUGGAUACUGAGCUUGUUUACUAAAAUAUUUCUGUACUAAUCAACUUAGAUGUGCCAUAUUGUGUGCAAAAAUGAUUUUAUGGUGAUAGAAUUGUAUUACUAUUAAAUCUGAAGAAUAGGGCUACUCUUGGGAGAAAAAAAACUUUGUGUGUAGACUUUGUUCACUUUUCAUAUCACUAUGUAGUUCAUUUAUAAAAUUGUUGGCAUCAAACAAACACUCAUUGGUCCAAAUCGAGGAAGGGAAUUCUUUUGAUAUUCUAACAAAAAUGUUAUAUUAUAAUAAAUCUUAAAAAUGAACCAGUAAGCAUUAUCUGCGAAAAUCCGUUCUAGACUUAAAAGUAUAAUUAAUUGCUAUAUGAUGCUGGAUAUCACGUAUGUGAGGGUCACCGUUCACAUUGGCUAUGUUUUCAAAUUCUAAUCAAACAGAAAGUCCUUGUACUUAGUCCAGUACUCAUUGAAAAUGUAAACCUUUUUCCAGGUAGGCCAUCGUAGAUCUAUUUAAUAUAUAUAAAACUGUUAAUUGCUUCUCAGUACAUAUUUCAUUUUAAUUGGGUAAAUCCUCGGUUAUUUGUGUGAGAGGAGUAAAAUAAUUACUUUUUGAAAUUUUUUAUUUGUCUAUUGGAUAAAUUGAAAUAAUAAAUGGCCGAAGAAUUGCUCAAAAUUUAAUAUUAAUGUUACGUGUAAAAUGCUUUUUCUCUCUCUAUGGAAUAAAGGGUAUCUUUGAGGGACCAAAGGCAAAAUUACAGUAUCUACAUGGUAUAUGUUUUAAUGCUCACAUUAUUGCUGCAUAUACGAAAAGGCAAAAUAUUGGUGGGUUGGAUUUUUGUAAUUUUAACACUGGGUUAGUGCACACACUUUAUUAUUAAUUUUAAAUAUAACAUUCUAUUCUAAACACAUGAAAAAAUUCUAAAAAUUUACUCUAAGCACAGAAAAAUACUUGGUGUUUUUACAUACUGUUUUGAGACUUUAUUUUAUAAGACACCAUAUGCAAUGAAUUUAUAAUUAAGAAAAUGUUUUCUCAAUUUAUUAGAAUGAAUUUUUAGCCACCUCAAAACAAUUACAAUUUUUAAAUUAAUAGCCAAAGGUGUUAAGAUUGUUUUUCUCAUAGACUGAUUUGUUCUUGAAAACAGUUUUGUCUUUCCUGAAUUGUUGACAUUUCAAUAUUCGUAUUUAUUUUGUUAAUUUAUAAAUAAACUGUUAGUACAAAAUGCAUACAUUGUAAACAAUAUGGGGGGAAUAAUUAAUUAAUUUUAAGCAGGUACUGUAGGAAAAUGUAUGAGUUUGUGUGGUUGAAUGUUGUAUGUUGCAAUUUAUUUUAUGCUAUUGAGAAAUUUUAAAAAGUGACCACCGGUCCGUCAUAUUUUUUGGAAAUUUAUUUUGAUAUUUUCCAGACUAUAGGAUUUAAGGACAAAAAAAUAAAUAAACAAAUGCUGAACAGUUAAAGUUAUUACUAUCACACUUUGUCGUAAGCAUUAUAGUACUAAUAUAACCGAUGAAGAAAUUUAGCUACAAACUAUGUACCUUUAACCAUUACAUGUUAUUCCAAAAGUU